UGAUCUCUCCUCAAAGCACUUCAUCAUCAUAAGUGCAAAAUAUGAGGCUGUUUUCAGCUCAAAUUUACCAAAAUGCCCUCAAGAGCACUCCUCUCCUGAAACAGCUCCAUGCAUUGUGUCUAACCAGUGGAUCCCAAGACCCCCUACAAUGGACUCAGCUCAUUAGAGCUUAUCUCUCUCAACUGCUUCCCAAAGAAGCACUCUUUGUGUACACUCACCACCUCCCUCACAGAGCCCACCAACCCAUUUUGCCAUUAAUUCUCAAAGCUUGUGCUUCUCUCUCCUAUGCUCCACUUGGUAGAGCCCUCCAUGCUCAGUCCAUCAAGGUUGGUAUCACCCAUCAGCAGCUUGUUGUGGGCACUGCUUUUGUUUCCCUGUACUGCAAAUGUGGCCGGGUUCUCGAUGCCCGUAAGAUGUUCGACGAAAUGCCUGAGAGAAAUGUCGUGUCGUAUAACGCCAUGAUCGGCGGGUAUGCGAUGAAUCGGGACAUGGACUCGGCUCUGGAGUUGUUCGAUCGGAUGCCUCUCCGGUCGCCGGUCACGUGGGCGACGGUGAUCAAGGGGUUCGCGGAGAAAGGGGACACCGCGGCGGCGAGGCGGUUGUUCGAGGAAACGCCGCGUGAGAUGAGGAAUGUGGUGACUUGGACCGUGACGGUGCACGGCUAUGCGAGUAAUGGCGAGAUGGAGGGCGCGAGAGAGCUGUUCGAUCGGAUGCCGGUUCGGAAUUUCUUCGCGUGGUCGUCGAUGAUCACCGGGUAUUUUAAGAAGGGGAAUGUUGACGAGGCCCAAGCAAUGUUCGAUCGGAUCCCUAGUCGGAACUUGGUGAAUUGGAAUGCGUUGAUUGCUGGGUACGCCCGAAUUGGGUGCUGCGAGAAGGCGCUUGAAACGUUUAGGAAAAUGCGGGAGAGUGGAUUCGAACCGGAUGAAUUCACAAUGGCGAGCGUGUUGUCGGCUUGCGCGCAAUUGGGUUCGUUAGAGUACGGUAAAGAGAUUCACGAAUUCAUAAAUCGGAGGAGGAUCAAGACCAACCACUUUGUUUUGAAUGGGCUGGUCGAUAUGUAUGCAAAAUGUGGGGAUCUGGAAAGAGCGAGAAAGAUAUUCGAUGGAAUGUGCAGGCGAAAUAGCGAGUGUUGGAAUUCGAUGAUCUCCGGCCUCGCUGGUCACGGUCGAAGCGAAGAGGCCCUCGAGCUUUUUGCUGAGAUGGAAGAAUCAGAAGAGAGGCCUAAUGAGGUGACCUUUCUCGCGAUUCUCGUAGCUUGUACACAUGGAGGAUUCAUUAAGGAAGGUCUAGAAGUAUUCGAGAAGAUGGAGAAACAUGGAUUAAAAGCAGGGGUUGAGCAUUUUGGAUGUAUUGUCGAUCUACUGGGCCGAGCAGGAAGGUUAGAAGAAGCGUACGACAUUAUCAAGAAGAUGCCGAUGGAGCCUAACGAAGUGAUUUGGGGAACUUUGCUCGGAGCUUGCAAAGUGCACAUGGCCAAAGAAGUGAUGGAAAGAGUGGUGAAUGAUUUGGGUAGCUUUAAUUCGGGUCCAAAAUCCACUAACGAUGCGGAAUAUGUGAUGAUAUCGAAUAUCUUUGCCGCUUCGGAGAAGUGGGAAGAGGCCGAGAGGAUGAGGAGGAAGAUGGUGGAGGAUGGAGUUCAAAAGACUCCUGGUUGCAGCUCAAUUGUGGUAGAAAACGAAGAGCACCAAUUCUUUGCCGGCACUGUCGCGUAGACUUAAGGGUUUGCUUUGCCUUGCUUGAGCUUCUACAGUAAGUUCCGCUCGGUUCUGCGCCUCAAAAAAGCAGUAAAGGUGUUUCCAUUCAUAUAUUUUGCUCAGUAACUCGCCUUUGCAGCAAAUGCAGAACAUCAAAUGCUUUUUAAUAAAAGCUUAUUUCAGCUUUCCACUACAACAAAAGUGGCAGCAUUUUUGUUUAUCAAGUCGGAUUAUGUGUCAGCAUGGUCAUUUCAAAAGGAAAUGAGCCUAAUGUAUAGGUUUUUUUUUCUCUAUUAUUUGAUAAUAGAAAUAUCUCUUCGAUUAAUCUUUUCAUGCUAGUUGCAGCAGCUUCUUGUUCAGAAAGAUCGGUCGCCUGAUAAACUCGAGAAUCUAAUGCGAGAAUUGUGUAGGAAUUAUCUGCUUCUGAUGUAUAGUUUGGCCAUUUUGCUGCUUUUUACUGCUGUUGCUGAAACUUGUUCUUACUCACUUGAAUCAGCUAAAGUGAUAGAUAAUGUGGCUUUCUUGU